GCGGGCCGGUGACCUGCAGUGACGCGAGCCCCGCCCGCUCAUAUACAGGCGCCCCGGGAGCGCAGGGACCGUGCUUCGCCGCCGCCGCCGCGUCCACCACCCGCCUCGCUGCCGCAGUUCCCAGCAUCAGCACCAGCGCCGCCGUGUCCACCAUCAGCGCCGCCGCCAUGCGGGAGAUCGUGCACCUGCAGGCCGGCCAGUGCGGCAACCAGAUCGGAGCCAAGUUUUGGGAGGUGAUCAGUGAUGAGCAUGGCAUCGAUCCCACUGGCACAUACCAUGGGGACAGUGACCUGCAGCUGGAGAGGAUCAACGUGUACUACAAUGAGGCCACAGGAGGAAAUUACGUCCCCAGAGCUGUGCUGGUGGACCUCGAGCCGGGCACCAUGGACUCUGUCCGCUCAGGUCCCUUCGGCCAGAUCUUUCGUCCUGACAACUUUGUGUUUGGCCAGUCUGGAGCCGGCAACAACUGGGCCAAGGGCCACUACACAGAGGGUGCCGAGCUGGUGGACGCGGUCCUGGACGUGGUCCGGAAGGAAGCCGAGAGCUGUGACUGCCUGCAGGGCUUCCAGCUGACCCACUCGCUGGGCGGGGGCACGGGGUCCGGGAUGGGCACCCUCCUCAUCAGCAAGAUCCGCGAGGAGUUCCCGGACCGCAUCAUGAACACCUUCAGCGUGGUGCCCUCGCCCAAGGUGUCGGACACGGUGGUGGAGCCCUACAACGCCACCCUGUCCGUGCACCAGCUGGUGGAGAACACAGACGAGACUUACUGCAUCGACAACGAGGCGCUGUAUGACAUCUGCUUCCGCACCCUGAAGCUGACCACGCCCACCUACGGGGACCUCAACCACCUGGUGUCGGCCACCAUGAGCGGGGUCACCACGUGCCUGCGCUUCCCGGGCCAGCUCAACGCCGACCUGCGCAAGCUGGCCGUGAACAUGGUGCCCUUCCCGCGCCUGCACUUCUUCAUGCCCGGCUUCGCGCCGCUGACCAGCCGGGGCAGCCAGCAGUACCGGGCGCUGACGGUGCCCGAGCUCACCCAGCAGAUGUUCGACGCCAAGAACAUGAUGGCCGCCUGCGACCCGCGCCACGGCCGCUACCUGACCGUGGCCGCUGUGUUCCGGGGCCGCAUGUCCAUGAAGGAGGUGGAUGAGCAGAUGCUGAGCGUGCAGAGCAAAAACAGCAGCUACUUCGUGGAGUGGAUCCCCAACAACGUGAAGACGGCCGUGUGCGACAUCCCGCCCCGCGGCCUGAAGAUGGCCGCCACCUUCAUCGGCAACAGCACGGCCAUCCAGGAGCUGUUCAAGCGCAUCUCGGAGCAGUUCACGGCCAUGUUCCGGCGCAAGGCCUUCCUGCACUGGUACACGGGCGAGGGCAUGGACGAGAUGGAGUUCACCGAGGCCGAGAGCAACAUGAACGACCUGGUGUCCGAGUACCAGCAGUACCAGGACGCCACGGCCGAGGAGGGGGAGUUUGAGGAGGAGGCCGAGGAGGAGGUGGCCUAGGACCGCCUCCAUCACUUCACAUCAGCGCCCUGCUAGGAUGCUGACCUUUGACCCCCCAAGAACCCCCUGCUUCACCUCCCAGCCUGACUCCCCUCUGACCCUACAACCUUGCACCUCUUCCCCGGCCAACCUUUGACCCUUGAGCCCCACUUUAUCUCUGACCCCCCUUGAACUCUCCCACCUUGGACACCCCCAUGAGCCCAGCUUCACUUCUGACCCUACAAGCCCCACCUUUAACUCCAUGUUCCCUCCUUCACCCCUGACCUCUCCACCCUUGACCUCCCCACGAGCCCCAUUGCACCCCCCAGACCUAUAAGCCCUGGUUUACUUCAACUCCUCCCUCUGAGUCUCUCCCUUCCUCUCUGAACUUGCCUCACCUUUGACCCCACAAGUCCCACCCGCCCUCUGAACUGACUACCUUUCUGGCUUCCAUGACCCCCCAUUUCCUUCCUGAAUUCACUCCCGUCAGCUCCCGCCGACCUUGGUUUUCCAGGGGUGCUGCUGGGGGAGAAAGAAGCCCUGGAGCAUGUGGGCAAGAGAGGCUGCUCCCCGACCCUCCCCCCGCCUCACCCUCAAUAAAUUAAUUGUUGUCCUGCC